UACCUGUUUACAUUGCAUCAUCAAAGCUAGCGUACGCGUUUGAAGACACCAUUGAUUACUAUGAAUGCCAUAAAAUGGGAUCAGUGACAGAGGCAAGGAAAAACUCCCGUUGAUUUAAAAGAGGCACAUGUUUGUCAACAAACGCCUGGAAGCCAUGGCAACGGGGGUCAGGCGUUGCCAUCGGAGACAGCUACGGUUUACAUUCCUCAUAUAGACGAAAAGGAGGCGGGAUUCCCAACCGGCCGUCGUCUUGACGACCAAGACGAGAAGCACUUAAAGGCACUUAAAUGCAAGCAAUGCCUUAUUGUGUUGGUCUGCGUGAUGGACGACCACGUUCAGGUGCACUGAUGACCCCUCUACACCUACAUCCACCUGGCUUUCCUCCCCCCACUCCCACCCCGCUGUUUGAGUACACUCCAAGUAAGGAAUAUGAGUGGACUGUGGUCCAAAUGGCCAUCGGAGGUCACAGAUUGGGAAACAUGCAGGCGUGAUGCAAGGGCCCGUGAAGCAGGGAGGGCAGAGAAAACACUCCUCCCUUUCUGAGCCCGCAUUGUCUCCUCCUGAGUGUGCACACAUGCCAUAGGACGAGCGGAAGGAGAAGACCUGGGAGCGUCAUGGAGGAAUUUGAGGUCGCCGGGGGCCGUGCCACCUUCUUCUGGUCAUGAUCUGGCAGACAUCAACGUUCAUCAUGGCUUCCUCUGUGAAGUUCACCUACUUGUUGCUGCUGGUUUGCAGCCUGGGAAAGAAUCACAUGAUGUCUGGAGGAUGUUUGGGCAAAUGCUGUGGUGGCGGCAGAGACAUGAGCUGCACGUCCACGGACUGGAGGAUGGACCGGGUCUAUGGGACGUGUUACUGCGACCAGGGCUGCACCGCCACACAGGACUGCUGCUUCGACUACUUCACGCUGUGUCCAGCACAAGCCUGCUUGGUGAGCGCUUGGAGUUUCUGGAGCGGUUGUGCUGAGACGUGCCGGCCUUCCUUACGGCUCAGAAUCCGUCAAGUGGAGGAGCGGCCCAGCAACAACGGAGAGUCCUGUCCCAGCCUGCAAGAAAGAGCCGGCUGCAUGGACUACAGAGACCACCAAGGACAACCAUGUGGACUCAGCUCAGGUCCUGCAUUCAUCACCAGCAUGGAGUUUGGCAAAGGAAGACCCAAGCAGGACAGGAACGGAAGUCCUCUUGAUCCAGGUUUCUGUGUGGAAUUCUCCUUGGAGUCCCGCUCACCUCACUGCACGGUGGAGAACAGGCCACACACACACUGGAUGCGCUACUUCACUGAGGGCUUUACCGUGUGUGUGGUGUGCCGCCCGCCCGCCAUGAGCAACAGCAGCGGCGGUUGCCAAGGAGAUGGGCAGGAUGUGGACAGCGAGGCGCUGCUGCGCUGGCAGGCGGUGGGUAACCCUCGAUGCGGUGGAACAUGGCGGAAAAUCCAGAGGCGGCAGCAGUGCGACUGUCCACCACAGCACAGUUUCAUCUUCAUCUAAUGACACACACAUGUGUCACUUCUUCUUAUCGACUCUUACUGGAUGCUGCUCAGAAUAUAUUCAGGGAUGGGUCACUUUAUUAUGUACACCUGCUGUGCAGCUGUUCACCAUUAAGCUAAGCAUUAUCUUAAUGUACACAGCUCCUAAAAAUGCUUCUUUCGUAUUUUAUUCAUUUAAAAAAAAAAAGUUUCCAUUUAUUUGUCUGUAUUUCAACAUGAAAACAAACCAUGUCUUUGUUUACAAAUGACGCCCUCUAGUGGCAAGUACACCUACUACAGCAAUAAAAUAUACUUGAAUGGGUGCACUAUUAUUAAACACACAGAUAGCAUAAUGUCUCUUCAUACCUUUCCAACACAAUUAACUUUUACUUUAAAGCUGUUGCAGCCGUGCUUAACGAUGCUUGCCAUUAAAACAGCCUUCCAGGUCCUUCUCAAUUAUGUAAAAACCUUUUGACAGCCCCAUGAAAGUCACAUGCACACAUGCUGGGUGUGGUCGUUCGCCUUUCCAAAAGCUUGUGGGGCCAAAUAGUUAACAUCUUGCUGACAUGGAAUAGUCUCUGAACUUGACAGGUUCAUACUUGUUAAAAAUGACGCUGCUGUUGACGAUGACACAAAAUAAAAUGCAUUAUGUGGUUGCAGUCAGCAGUGUUGCUGUGGAUUGAAGCGGUUUGCAGUUAAAGGAGGCCAUAAUGUCAGCCAAGAUAACCUUUGAUACUCUUGAUGUGUAUUUAUCAUCUGUUGUAUGAACUGAGUAUGUACGAUUAAUUAACGACUUAAUUGCCAUAAGGUGCUACAGAAAAAUACACAUCUACAAAUGAUAAGCUUAUCAAUACGUACUGUGUUCAAAUACAUCUUCAGUCAACUUCAUGGGCCUUUACUAGAACCCUCCAACGGUCCUUCAGCAUGGUGCCCGUGCGGCCCUUAAAGUCGUCGUCCAACAAGAUCUGAGCCCACUUUCCACUGCCGUGACGCAUGACGCCAUCUUUGAGUUUCUUGUCCAGCUCGGUGGUCCAUUUCUAAAAAAAAAAAAAAAAGGCAAAACUAAGUAUAAAGCAACAUUUUGGUAAUAAAUGCUUUGAAGUGUCCAAACGAA